AUGCCUGAUUUGAAUAUGAUUGCUGAAAAUAUUGAUGAAAUUGAACUUGGUCAUCUUUUACAACUUGUUCUUGUUUGUGCUGUCAUUUGUGAUCGAAAACAAUUUUAUAUUAAAAAUAUUAUGUCAAUGAAAAAAUCGAUUCAACUUAUUCUGAUAAAUGCUAUUCAAGAAAUGAAUAGAAAAAUCAUUGAAUUGAAGUACAAAUAA